GGAAAAUAAAUCCUCCGAUCUUCAUCACCAUUCGAGACGAAUCCGUGUAUCUAUCCAUUAAGGUCAAGUAGUUGUGGAAAGGAGGAGCUAUGUGGAGUUCGAUUGAGAAUCUGAAGGAGAAUUUGAACAAGAUCGCGCUCGAUGUCCACGACGACGACGACGACGAAGAUGAAGAGGAUCUACACAGUUACGGUUCAUCCAAUGGAUUCGCUGAUACAUCUGACUCUAAUCGAAGAAAUUCGAAUGGGUUUAGGCCGUCCAGGUCGAGGUAUCCGAUCUCCAAUGGAAUCGAAUCCCCCGCUCAUCACGAGAUUGAGAGGUAUAAGGCAGAGAUUAAGAAGCUUCAGGAGUCUGAAGCAGAUAUUAAAGCUUUAUCAGUUAAUUAUGCAGCUUUAUUAAGAGACAAAGAGGAUCAGAUUUCCAGAUUGAACCAGGAGAAUGGUUCAUUGAAACAUAAUCUGAAAGAGGCUCGAACCGAGAUCAGUAAUGCUGCCAAGGGAAACAACAUUCAGUCACCCAACCGGUUACAAAAAUCUUUGUCUAAUUCAAAGACUCGAAGCCAUAUGUCCAAUGGAAAAGGGAAGGAUAUCGAUUUACAGAUAAAUGAAAAGGACCUUGCAGAUAUGCUAGAAGAUAGAACCAAAUCAAUGGCAGCUGUUCAAGCUAAAGAGCUUGCCAAAGAGCGUGAAAAAUUAAGAGACCUCCAGCUUUCUCUACAGGAGGAGCGGAAGCGGAGUGAAUCUUUCAAGGCGGAACUCAACUCGCUGAGGUUAGAUAAGAACAAAACCUCCUUGGAGAUUAGCAAAGUGCGUAGUGAGUUGGAUGCAAAAUUACUUGAAAUCAAACACUUACAGAUGAAGUUGAGUGGUCAGGAGAGCCACGCUGUAGGAACUGCCACGGAACAUCUAAAAGAAGUUAACAAAGCUCUGGAGAAGGAAAACAACGAGCUUAAGUUAAAACGAAGUGAGCUAGAAGCUGCUUUGGAAGAAAGCAGGAAGCCAACCAGUAGCAGAGUCUUCCCAGACGCCACAGAGACUCUGACUAGACAUCCCAGUAAUCUGGACAAGGAAAAGCAAGAAAGCUUUCCUCGAAAAGAAGAACUGGAGCAGUCUUUGCAGAGGUUGGAAACAGAUCUGAAGGAAACACGGCGAGAAAGGGAUAAGGCUCGACAAGAACUUAACCGGCUCAAACAACACUUGCUCGAAAAGGAAACCGAAGAAUCUGAGAAAAUGGAUGAAGAUAGCCAAUUGAUUGAAGAACUUCGCCAGACUAAUGAAUAUCAAAGGUCUCAGAUAUCACAGUUGGAGAGAACACUUAAGCAGGCAAUGGCUAAUCAGGAGGAUAACAGGCUUAGCAAUGACAAUCAAAACCGAAAGUUAAAGGAAACGAUUGAUGACUUAAAUCUAAAGCUUACAAACUGUUUGAGAACGAUCGAGUCCAAAAAUGUUGAACUUUUAAAUCUGCAAACCGCUCUUGGCCAGUAUUAUGCUGAAAUCGAAGCUAAGGAACAUUUUGAACGGGAGCUUCUGGUGGCUAAAGACGAGAUCAUGAAGCUUAAUGCUCGUUUGAAAGAUGCUGAUGAGCGGUUAGAGUCAUCGAAUAAAGAAAAGGAAGAUCUUACAGCCAAACUAGUGCAAGCCGAAAAGAUUGCAGCUGAAUGGAAAAGCAGAGUGAGCAAGGUUGAAGAAGACAAUGCAAAAGUACGGCGUGUUCUUGAGCAGAGCAUGACGAGGCUAAAUAGAAUGUCAGUGGAGUCGGAUAAUCUCGUUGAUAGGCGUAUCGUCAUCAAAUUACUGGUUACCUACUUCCAGAAGAAUCAUAGCAAAGAGGUAUUGGACCUAAUGGUUAGGAUGCUGGGAUUCUCAGAGGAAGAUAAAGAGAGGAUUGGAGUGGCACAACAGGGAGGUGGUAAAGGUGUUGUAAGAGGCGUAUUGGGUCUUCCCGGUCGCUUCGUUGGCGGAAUCUUGGGUGGGAAAUCAGCAGGUUCACAUCCUAAUGCGGCGGCUUCAGAUAACCAGUCUUUUGCGGAUUUAUGGGUGGAUUUCUUACUCAAAGACGCAGAAGAGCGAGAAAGAAGAGAAGCAGAAGAGGCAGCAGCAGCAGCAGCAAAGCAAGACUCGGAGAAGACAAUAAGACAAGACGCAUCGUUGUCGUCGCCUGAAUCAGAAUUCUCGACGGUGCCUCUCAGAUCACCAGAGAGUAAUCAACGGCUCUCGAGACUACUUCCAUAAGAUUAUAAAUAGAAGAUACACAUACUUUACAUUUUGUGUUGUAAUUAUGAUCCCUCUCCAUACAGAGUUUGUUUGUUCCUUUUGUUCUUUUAUUCCCAUUUUUCUCUGACGUAAAAGAUGUUUUUCUUUGGCUCAUGUAUGUAUUGUUUUGUUGGAAAUUUGAAUGGAAAACGAAAGAAUAAAAGUGAGACAUA